UUGUUGCACCACUGAGACGAAAAUCACCCUUCGAACAAAUAACGUGCUUUUGCAGGUUUGUGUAGAUGACUGAUUAUAUCUUACAGAUGUACAGAUUGAGGAAGUUUUAUUUGAUUUUCUCGGAAAUUUGCAAUAGCUGACAGUCGUUAUACCACGGUAUUUACUGUUGCUUUUCAUCACUGGACGUUGACAGUUUUACGCAAAUUACGGUACGGUACUUCCGCGUUUAGCAUACAGUUAGCAACGGAGCUGAGUGGACCAUCUGAAUACAAUAAAGCAUGGAAGAAGACCUUGCUCUGGGCAGACUGGUUGCCCAAAGGAGGCAGAGGCCAGUCUUUGCCCGCCUGAUCUCCUGGGAAAUCACACCGCAUGAAGCACCUGGAGGAACAACAAGUGACCAGGUCUCAAACUCAGACAGCGCUGGAGAUGCUUCAUCAGAAAACGAAGCAAAGGGAGAUAACUCCAACGACAGCGAUGAAUCAGAGUAUUAUUCUGCUGAAGAAAGAACAAGUUUAUCUGACAGUGAUACUAACCUCUUGAAUCAGUCUACAGAUUACGAGGCUAUAGGUGAAGCAGCCUCAGUGUCUUCUGACAAUACAGACAGUGUGUUUGGCAGUGUUGACACCAAUUCAAACCAAACACAGGUGGGAAGAAAUCGAGCUCCAAGUAAGAAACAGAAAAAGAGACGGAAAGAUAGAUUAAAAAAGCAGUCAAUCUUAUAUGCUGACUAUGAUGCUCCAUUUAGAAAUGUUGAAAACAUUGACUUCGAAGUUGCAGAUCUUGUUGGUUAUUCUGAUGAAAACUCGCGUCCCAACAUCCGAAAUGUGCCGACAUUGUUUGAGUUAUGUAUUUGUUCAAUUUCAACCAAGGGCUCCCGUCAGAAACAACAAUCGACAAGCAGCAUGCCUCGUCCCAUGAAACAUGUUUUGUAUGAGAGAAGGAGAGACCAGGCCUUUACAAGCAUUCAACUGUCAUGGCUGUAUCGUCUCCUUGCCUACAUUGAAAAACAGGAGGCAGCUUGUAAAAGUACAUGUACGUUAAAGGCUCGAAACAUCUGGAAUGAUGAUUUCUGUGCUGAUGGAGAUUACGCUGGUGGUGAAGUCACAUCAAUAUUACCAUAUUCCUAUAUUAACUACAAGCGGAGUUAUUAUAGUCAUACGGGAUGGCAUCAUACAUUUUACAGAUUGUCAGUGGUAGCAAGUGUGAUAGAGAUUAUGCUACCUCAGCAUAUUUCUGCCGGCCGUCUCCGUCACUCGUCCCGAGACUGCAGCUCGGAGUCCCAGCUCAUCCAGAAAGCCACUGAUGCCACGGUCUCCUCUGUGAGGGAAGUUCUUAAGAAAAGAUACCCAGCUGUGGUUGAGGUCUUCUUUGACAAAGCACUGCCCUAUGUGUUCUGGGCUCGAGGAAACUUGAAGUUUGCUGCUGAAUGUUUUGUUAGACUUGCUCUAACUAAUGAAGAUAAUGCCAGAGCUAUGCUGUUGAGCGAGGCAGCAAGACUCUAUGCUCAGAACGAGGAACCACAGAAAGCGUCUCGACUCUAUAUAGAAGCCUCUGAUACCAUUGUGCCAAAGUCAAGGUCACUGAAACUGGAUAAAGAUGUCCUCCUCCAGCAGUUCACAAUGAUGGCCAGUGUGUAUGAUCAAGGUGUGAUGACACCAGUGAAAGCCACACUGGCAGCUGGGGCCUGGGCUGCUGCCAUCAAGUACAUGCAUCCUACAUGUCCUUGGAGCUCUGGGAUCCAGGCUGUGGAGUCUUUCCUGUGUUUUCACGCUGGAACAGCACAAGAGAGUGUUCAGGAUCACCUUCAGAAAUCUGUGAAGCUGAUAGAGAGUCUGGUGGGGCAGUAUGGGAUCUUCCUGCUCCAUCUGUCACUGGUGAAGGCUCUGCUGGGUGCAACUCGGGAGUCUCUCAGGGCCUUCUCUUCUGCCCUUACAAGGUACUUAGAGCUGCCAAUGUUCUGACAUAUAUUUUGCAAGAGUAAAUGGAACGAUUUUAAAUAGUUGAGUACUAUCUGAAAUCACAGGAACCUGAAGUUUUGAUUACACAAAUUAACAAACACUCUCUUUAUCUAUAAAAGCAUCAAAAAUAAAUUGCAUAUGUUGUUUUGUUUUUCAAUAAAGAAAACCCAAUAUAAUCUUCCCAAGGCAAUGGAGUUACCUGACUAUAAAAGUUCAAUUUUUAUCUUAUCCUGCAUUUCUCCUAAAUGCAUUUACUGUUUUUGACAGAAAGAAGAACUUGUGUUAGGUCCAGCUGAAGCAGUUGCUUCCCUAUGGUUAUUAAAGUGUUUAUUCACUUUCCUUGCAUAAUCUUACCCUUUAACCCCAUGUUCCUUGAAGAUCAGAAAACCAAGUUUCACCCUCCCGCAUGGGAUUUGAAUGACAGUGUUUGCGUGCUCCCCCUUUUGAGCCCCUUCAAACUACAUCCUUUUAUAACCUGACCGUGAGAAUGAUAUCCUUUUUGGCACUAGCCACGACGGCAAGGUUUAGUGAGCUUCACGCUUUUGACAUUACCUGUGUACACACAGUAAUUCACCUUGGACUGUGCCAGGAUUUCAUUCCCAAGAAUCAAUUAUCAGGACAG